AUGUCGGUUGCCUUUGCUUCUGCUCGCCCAAGAGGCAAAGGAGAGGUCACCCAGCAAACUAUCCAGAAGAUGUUGGAUGAAAACCACCAUCUAAUACAGUGUAUUAUGGACUAUCAAAGCAAGGGCAAAACGGCGGAAUGUACUCAGUAUCAACAAAUCUUGCACAGAAAUCUGGUUUACUUGGCGACAAUAGCAGACUCAAACCAGAAUAUGCAGUCCCUGCUUCCUGCUCCACCGACGCAAAACAUGACCCUGGGCCCGGGAGGAAUGAAUCAGAGCGCAUCCAACCCGUCCCUUCAUUCACAGAGCAACCUCAGCGAUGCAAUCGGGACAGGCCUUCCUCCUUCCUCCCUCAUGCAGAGUCAGAUUAGCAAUGGUCCCAAUCAUGUGUCUAUGCAACAGUCAGGUCAGAACACGAUGCCCACGACUUCCCUGAGCAUGACUGUCAGUAGCCACGGAACCGGAACCGGCUAUAGCCAUACAGUGCCUGCGUCUCAGAAUGUACCAAUGCAAGGCCAGGGAUCGAUAGGCAACUAUGUCUCGCGAACAAAUAUCAACAUGCAGUCUAAUCCUGUUUCCAUGAUGCACCAGCAAGCAGCAACGUCGCAUUACAAUUCUGCACAAGCAGGGACGCAGCAUUACCAAGGGCAGUCUUCCAUUGCCAUGAUGAGUCAGAGUAACCAAGGCAACAGCAUGAUGGGCCAGAGGCCGAUGGGCCCUUACCGACCUUCGCAGCAAGGUUCCUCUCAGCAGUACAUGGGUCAGGAGGAAUAUUACAGUGAACAAUACAGUCACGGACAAGCUUCAUCGGAGCCCAUGAACCAGCAAUAUUAUCCCGACGGUCACAGUGAUUAUGCAUACCAGCAGUCAUCUUACUCUGAGCAAACCUACGACAGAUCAUUUGAGGAUUCCACACAGCACUACUACGAAGGAGGGAAUUCCCAGUAUAGCCAGCAGCAGGCGGGAUACCAACAGGGAGCUGCGCAACAGCAGACGUAUUCACAGCAGCAAUACCCAAAUCAACAAAGCUAUCCAGGACAACAGCAAGGAUAUGGUCCUGCCCAAGGAGCUUCAUCACAGUAUUCCAGUUACCAACAGGGCCAAGGGCAACAGUAUGGAAGUUACAGAGCUUCGCAGACAGGACCGAGCGCACAGCAACAGAGGCCUUAUGGCUAUGAGCAGGGCCAGUAUGGAAACUAUCAGCAAUAAAAGGACAAGCACCCGUGUUAGAUUUGUUUCAAUAUUUAUGUCCGUCUUUUGAACUUGGAUGUACGGGCAGCUUUUGAUUAAUCGUAAUAGGUUGGUUACCCCCCCUCCCCCCUUAGCACAAAAGGAGCAUUUGUAUGUGAAAUAGUAUUCAUUUCAUGCUGGAUAUGAAGCAGUGCACUACUGGUAACAAGGCAAUGCUUUAAUGGUUUGAUAUGGUUUUGGUGCUGUGUAAAGUAUUGUAUGUUGAUACAAUGCAGAGGGUCUUCCUUCUCUCAUCCCUGACUCCAUUUGAUGUUUUUAACUAGCUUUAGAGAUCUCUGGAUCAUCAGUUUCACAUGCCCAGCCCCCUCAGCCCUUUUUUGAAAACAAGGCUACAAUAUUCUGUAACACAUCAAAUGUGUAACUGAGUUUGACUUCAUUUUCUGGUCAUGCAGAUAAUCUAGCAUUGGUUUCUAACGCGAAACACCAGCCUGAAUGCACUGCAGAUUAUCUUCUACAUAC